UGUAAACAACGCAAUGGAGGCGGACGAGGACUUGGCUCAUCACAUCCGCAAAUUAAAGGCGUCAGACGACCUCUUUAAGGAUAUUAAGUUCUACGCGACGGGAAAGAUUCCAGAUGAGGUUUUAAAGCUGUUGACAGAUGGAGGGGCCAAGCAAGAUGCACACAUCACAGAUUUCAUGACCCAUCUUAUCACAGGAGAAGAUCCCAACGAGAAUGAUGUUGGAGUUGUAAAAGAUAUAUACGAGAAACCUGUUGUUACACAGCGAUGGGUCAUACUUUCAGUCAAGUGUGGGAAGCAACUGCCGGUAGAAGGCUUCAACCCUGAGAACAAUCAAUUGUUUUCUGGUGUGAUUGCUAGUAUUUCAAAACUAGGAAAAGAAGAUUCUCUUGCAAUUUGGGCUAUGAUAACAUUUUCAGGAGGUCAAUUGAAACUUCACUUCGACAACUCAUGCACUCAUCUUAUUAUUGGAAAACCAGAGGGGGCAAAGUAUACAACAGCACUUGAAUAUGAAGACAAUCUCAGCAUUGUGACUCCUGACUGGGUCACUGAGUCAAUAGCAGAAGGGGAAAGAUUAGACGAGACAGAAUACCACCCAAGACUGCUAAGACUACCCAAAUCAGAUUUAAUGCAUGCACCAGAGCCCAGUAUAGUGAGAGAGCGAAAGAAGAAGGACACGUCUCAUCAACAGAAAAAUGAGGAGUUGAAGAAGAAGGAAGAACCAAAGAAAAAGGAGGUUGAAAAGAAGUCACUCUUUGAUACUUUGCAAUUUAGUGAUGAUGAGGAAGAGAGUACCAAAGGUAACUCUCUACUUGAUCAACUGAAGACUCCCCAGUCUUGGAAACAGCCAAGUACCAAGCCAACAGUAACAACAAGAGCUUCAGCUAGUACUACUUUUGGCUCUCCAGUAGCUCAUGACAAGCCUAGAGCUCCUUUGACAGCACCAAUCUCCAUAACAAAUCCACCACAGAUGGUAACAACUCGGUCAGUCACCCCUCAGCCCAGCCCAGCACCCAAGGCCAUUGCUCAGACCACAGCUGCAGGUUUGCGACAGGUAGCAACUCCACCAACUGCAGAACUGGCUGACCAGUCAGAAUCUGAUGCAAGUCCAUCGAGACCAAUUUCAGCUCAAGGACUACGUGCUGGACUUCAACAGACUACAGCAUCUUUAGGUCCUACCAUGAGCAUGGGACCAGCACAGGCCCCCAAUACACGGUCCUCUGCACAGUUAGAGGCACCAUCUCCUGCAAACACUGUAGCUCAGACAGCCCAAGGCAAUGUUGCUCGUGCAACUCCUCCAAUACCUUCACGUGUAACCCCACCAAAUACAUCUCGUGCUACUCCUCCUAACACUGCCCGUGCUACACCACCUAACAAUGCUCUUAGAGUUACACCACCUAAUGCCUCUCGUGCAACCCCACCUAGUACCUCAAGAGCUACUCCACCAAACAAUUCAAGAGAAACUCCUCCAGCACGCACCACCCCAACACCUCCUAUGUCUUCUCGUGCAACUCCACCUUCCACCACCCAUACACCAUCACCAGUUACCUCUCGUGCAACACCACCAGCCACAGCUAGAGCAACAACUCCUGUGAUUUCAAGAGGGAAUCCUCCCGUGGUUGGGCCUGCUGGGCCCAGAGUUCCUGCAAUGCCACUAACAGUGACUAACCCAGGUGUUCGAGCUCCAGGAGCAGUGUCACAAGUGGCUCCAGGGGAAAUUCCAAUACCUAACAUGCCACAACAGGUUCAUACAGUUGCUAUCCCAGGGGCAGUUGUUAGACUUCCACAAGGAGUUACCCCACGCAAGUUACAGAUGAUGACUCCAACAGAACGGCAGUCCUUCCUGCAAAACCUCCAUCAAAAACAAUUACAGGAACAGCAGUCUAGGGGAAAACCUCGUGCUGGAAAGCCUCAGUAUAAACAGGGUGUAAGGUAUGCUGCAACUGGUAUCCAUACACAAGGUACCCCAGCAACACCUGGCACACAAGUUUCCUCAUGGCCUGGCACAGGUCAGGGAACACCAGUUGUAAGACCAGCAAUGGCUGGCAGUGGCCCAGGAACUAUAGCUGUUUCUUAUCAAUCUGGGCAGGUGCAAGGGCAGACUCCUGGAGCUCCUCAGGUUGUUACAGCAGUUACCCCAGGUGAAGGUGUGCGACCAGGAUGGCCUGGACCAGGACAACAGCAAUACCCAGGAGGUCAGCCACAACCAGGUACAAGGGUUGUUGUAGGUCAAACAAGUUGGCAACAGCAGCAGCAACAAACAGGUAUUCGUGCUCAGGCUCCAGCUACUCCAGGACAACAGCCAACUUCUCAGACAUUGUUGCCACAACAUGUACAACAAUUACAACUGCAGAUUCAGCAGUUAUGCCAGCAGUUCCCUCAUCUUACUCAGCAAGAUGCUUCACAGUUAAUCCCUCGCAUUCCAGCUCAUUACCGCCAGAUUCAGCAGUUAGAUAAUGCUCAGCGAAGUGAGUAUUUAGCACAGCUAGAACCCAAAGAGAAGCAAGUUGUUACUUAUUUCUUUCUAAGAAAGCAGCAGCAGCAGUUAUUCCAACGCCAUCAACUGCUACAGCAGCAGCAGCAACAACAACAGCAGCAGCAACAACAGCAACAGCAGCAACAACAACAACAACAGCAGCAGCAACAGAAAGUAGGUACUCCUCAGCAGUCUCCUCAUAACUGGCAACAACAACCACAGCAGCCAGGGCAGCAGCCUGCCCCACAAGCAGCUGUUCAGGGUGGUCAGUAUCCACCCAUGUCACCCCAUGGAAGGCCAAUACCAGGACGUCCAAUGCCUCAAGGUUAUCCAGGAUGUCAACCUGGUGGUGUAGUAUCACCAGGUCAAGGGUCUCCUCAUAUGGUACCUGGAGGCCAGCUGACUCCACAACAACAACUUACGCCACAUGUUUCACCACUGGCAUCUCCUCAUGGACAUUCACCUAUUCAUAGGGGAGAUGGAACUCUUAUGGGUCAUCCAGGAGCUAUUCAGGGAUCCCCAGUGCCACAGAACCUUGUGAAUCAACAGAACUUGGUUAAUCCAAAGACAAAGACUGCUUUGGCUAUUCAUCUAACUAACAGAGGAGUGAUAUCACAAGGCCCACAGGGGCCCAUUGAGGUUCCACCACAUGUAGUACAGAAGCCUGGCAUACCACAAGAAGCUGUUCAAG